AAAAAACUCCAGAUGAAAAUGUUACAAAACCUAAUUAUUAGGACGAUUUUGAUAAGUGAACAAUGGAAAAUAUGGAAUUCAUGUUGUCUUACCGCUUGUAAAUGCGGCACGGUUAAUAACACAUAUUUUGUUGGCAUCUACGUCGUAUAUAAAUAAAAUGAAAUGUAAUGGGAGUGUAUUUAAUUAAUUGGGGACGCAAGAUUUGGUCAGACCAAGUUUGCUUUAACAAUUACAUUCAAUAAUAGUUUACCUUAGCGGGAGUAUUAUUUUGUGUUGGGGUUUUUGUAACCACAAUUUUGCUUCCUUUGAGUGUGUGUGUUUUCCAUUGGAUGAAAUAAAAAUUCACGUUACACAAAAAGGAAGAAAAAAAAUACAUACAGACCAAUCCGUACAUAUGAAUAUUUAUAUUUCCUUGGUGUGACGAAAUUGUAGGAUCCUAAGGUUCGGAUCUUGCGACCAUGCAGAUGAGAUCUGAUUACACAUUUCUAACGUCCAAUGGCUAUUUAUUCGUCGUCAACCUAACUGGAAAAUAAUUACUGUCUUGAUCCCGUAAAUCUACACAAAUCGAAAUGUGGAAGUUCUCAAUUAACUUGAAAAUUAUUUUAAAUUUUUUUUAAAAAAACUUACGUUACUCUAACGCUAGAUGAGAUAUGGUCACACAAUUUCUAACAUUGAAUGGUUAUUUAUUCCUAGUAAACUAAACUUCAAUAUAGUUACUAAGUAAAUGUAAACACAAAUCCAAAUGUGAAAUCUAUAGCUAGACUUGAUUUUUUUUUAAGUAGGGAAACACGAUGGCAAAAAAGAUAUGCAUGUAAUUAAGUAAUUCAAUAAGCUCUCAUCUUUUCUAUGCGUCAAGGCAAAUGACAACUUUCUCUUCAGACAACAGAGAAAUGGGUCUUUUCCGGUCUUCUUUGAAAUGUCAUUACCCUUCCUCAUCUUCCUCGGUCGCUGCCCCAAUGAAAAAGUUCAUACAUUUGUCCAUCUUCGCGGUCGUGAUUUACAUUCUCGUUCCGUUCUCUCGGCUUCGGUCUCUUGAGAGAUUCUACGCCUAUGACUUUCACACGCCGACACAGCUCGAUCAUAUCGUGUUCGGGAUCGGAUCGAGCAAGAGCACGUGGCCUAGUCGAAGAGAUUACGCUAAGCUUUGGUGGGAUCCUCACAAAAUGAGAGGUUGUGUUUUCGUUGAAGCUCCUUUACGAAAGAAUGCCACUGACUCUCAUCUUCUUCCUCCUCUUUGCGUCUCUGAGGACACUUCCCGGUUCAAGUAUACUUGGAGAGGGGGCCAUAGAUACGCGAUACGCAUUGCUCGGACCGUUCUAGAAACUGUAAGGCUCUUCAACAGUUCUUCAGACAUCAGGUGGUAUGUGUUCGGGGACGAUGACACGAUAUUUAUCCCCAAUAACUUGGCGAAAACGCUCUCGAAGUAUGAUCAUACGUUAUGGUAUUACAUAGGGUCGAACUCCGAGAUUUAUGGACAGAACUCGUUUUUCGGUUUCAAUAUGGCAUUUGGAGGAGGUGGGUUCGUGUUGAGCUCCUCACUAGCUAAUGUUGUCGCAAAAGUCUUGGAUUCUUGCAUCGAACGAUACCCGCAUCUCUAUAAUUCAGACGGACGGAUUUACUCAUGCUUGGCCGAGCUUGGAGUCGGUUUGUCCCAUGAACCGGGAUUUCAUCAGCUUGAUGUGAGGGGAAAUGCGUUAGGACUAUUGAUGUCACAUCCCAUAAGACCGUUGGUGUCUUUGCACCACAUGGCCCAUAUGGACCCAAUCUUCCCCAACUCAACCACCGUCGCCGCUAUCCGUCACCUCUUCAGUGCCGUGGCCGUGGACUCGGCUCGCAUCCUCCAGCUCUCCGUCUGCUACGACCGUCGGUUUUCUUGGACCAUCUCUGUCUCUUGGGGUUAUGCCGUACAGAUACAUGGUCAGUAUAUGCUUCUACCGGAUGUUUUGUCGGCUCAAGAGACGUUCAAACCAUGGAAACCGAACCAGGAUGCAUCGUCCAGGCUUUACAACUUCAACACUCGAGAGAUUCAUCCGGAUCCUUGCCAAAGACCCGCAACGUAUUACAUGGAAAAUGUCUCGUUCACGCAAUAUGGAUCAAUUCAAAGUGUUUAUAAGAAAACAUACGAGAAUUGCACUUAUGAGCCGAAUUCAUCACCGAGGAAGUUUGAUGAAAUCAGAGUCUUCUCCGAGAAAUCUGACCCAAACAUUAGACAAUUAAAGGCUCCAAGACGACAGUGCUGUGACAUAUUACAUGGAGAUGGCAAAGUAAUGGAAAUUGGCAUCCGAGAAUGCAACGAGAAUGAGCUCAUCUAUAUGCAUCCUUAGUUCUUUUAACAUAUAUAUAUAUAUAUAUAUAUAUAUAUAUAUACAUAUAUAUAUUCUCCAUGUUCAUGGCUGUUGAGUGGAUUAUGAACUCUGGUUGAUAUCGAGAGAACAGUACCUAUUUUCUAGUA